AUGAUUCCAGGGCUAUUUGAAGCAAUUGCAAGAAAUGACACGCAGACUUUCAUCGACUUGGUUGAAAACAAUGGAGGUUCUCUCAUUCAGAAAACUGAGGAAACAAAAAACUCAGUGUUACACCUUGCUGCAAGGUUUGGGCACGUUGAGCUGGUUGCCUAUAUCACUAAGCUGCUUCCUGACUUGGUUUCUGUUGGGAACAUUAAGGGAGAAACUCCAUUACAUGAAGCUUGUCGCCAAGGGAAUACCAGUGUUGUAAAGCUGCUGUUAGAGGUCAAUCCAUAUGUGGCUUGUAGUCUUAACCACGAAAUGCAAACUGCUUUCUACAUGGCUUAUAUUGUUAGGAGUAUUUUAGAAGCUUGCCCCAGGUUUGCUUGGAAGGUUGACAGCAAAGGACUUUUGCCGCUCCAUUUGGCUUGCGAAACAGGUCACGUAGAGAUAACAAGAACACUCUUGACGAUUGAUCCAAACCUUGCUCUUGAGUUUAACCCUUACGGUUACACACCACUACUACACUUGGCUGCGAUGAAUGGUCAAAUCAAAAUCCUUGAGGAACUUUUACUGUGCUCUCCCAAAUCUUUAGAACUUCUCACACGAGACAGGGAAACUGUCUUUCAUCUUUCAGUAAGAUUCAACAGAUACAGUAUGUUUACCUCUUUGGCAAAGAAUUAUAACGACACCAACCUCCUCAACCAGGCUGACAAGCAUGGUAACACAAUCUUACAUCUCACUGUCGCUGCAGGGAACACUAGAGUAGAUGUCAAUUUUAAGAACCAAAGAGGUGAAACAGCGUUGGACAUCCUAAAUCAGCAAAGAACAUUAUCGGAUCUUAGAAACAUGUUGAAGAGUUUUGGUGGCAGGACAAGUGCUGAGCUGUUCCCUUUAACCCCAAAGGUUGAUGAGAUAGAUUCUGAGACUACAACAUUAGAAAGUCCUAGAGCUGCACUUGAGCAAGAAUUUGAAAUGCUUUUUGAAGGUAAUACGCAUCCAGGAAGUGAUCAAUAUGAUUGUGAAAUUGGCAGGGGGCGCAUGGCUAGAAACUGGUCUGGAGUUAUCCCAUUCAUGAUGGAUUCAAUCCUCAGAAACAAUCAACCACUGGAAGAGUUCACUACAGUACAAGCGAAGAUGAAUCCAUGUCAUCAAGUUGUGAUGAACUCUGAUAAUGAUUUUGGCUCAAAUUCUUCUAGAACAAGAAUGAGCUCCCAAGUCUCGAAUCCAAAGCAGCUUCCGAAGCCAAGAGGAAAAAAUAAAGUGGGUAAAACUAGGCAAUAUGAGAUCUAUAGGGAGGCAUUGCAAAAUACUAGGAACACUAUCACAAUAGUUGCUGUUUUGAUUGCCUCGGUUACUUUUACUGCUGGCAUAAACCCUCCUGGUGGUGUCUACCAGGAUGGAUGGCUUAGAGGACAGUCAACUGUUGGCAGAACAACAGCCUUUAAGGUCUUUACAAUAAGCAACACAGCAGCAUUGUUCAUAUCCAUGUGCAUUGUCAUUGUGUUGGUGAGCAUCAUUCCCUUCCGGCGAAAAUCACUGAUGAAACUACUUGUGAUUGCUCACAAAGUCUUGUGGGUGGCGGUUUCCCUCAUGGCUACAGCUUACAUUGCAGCCUCAUGGAUAAUCAUGCCACAUGGACACGGUGAAGGAGAAAACUGGACCCUUGAAGUUGUGAUAUCUGUGUGUGCAGGGACUAUGGGAUUUGUUUUUCUUUGUCUUGGUGUCACAUGGACUAAACACAGGUUGAUGAAACUGAAAUGGAGGAAACAGAUAUGUAAGACUGCAGAGGAAAGAGCACAUACACAAGCAGCACUAGCACAAGAACGAGCACAUAAAAGGGCGCAGCAAAUAACAGCGGAUACUCCAGAAUACAGCUCUUCAGUAUCCAUGAACGCCCAUGCUGAGGGUUUCGAAGAACUAGGAUGCCAUACUUACUGAACAACAAGAAGUGGGAAAAUUGCAUGUGUUCUUCCCAAAGUCUAAUGGAACAUAAACAUGGAGUUUUUUGUGUAGUUCACUCGGUACCUAACUC